UCCAAGCUCGUUGUAAAUUCUGCGAGCACGCCGAGCGCUGUAGGAAUGCUAGCAAUGACGUCACGGAUGCGAAAAGUAAACAUCGUGCUCAUUGGUAGCAAACAAAAAGUAUACAGGCUGAGCGCGCUAGGGGCGAGAUCGGAGAGAUAAAAGUAAACGCACCCUUUAUAAGGUUGCCGAAGUUACUGUAAGGUUAUAAAAAGUCAAGGAACGCUAGAUAUACGUUAUAACGAAAUGGCUAGCGCCAGUAGUUCAUCAAAAGAAAACUUUAUCGUCGGUGGAAAGUAUAAAUUCAUACGUAAAAUAGGAAGUGGUUCGUUUGGACACAUUUAUCUUGGCAUGGACAUCACAAAUGGAGAACGGGUUGCUAUAAAAUUGGAGUCAAGACAGGUAAAGAAUCCACAACUCCCCUACGAAAAUAAAGUAUAUGAAGUUCUUCAAGGUGGUAACGGAAUACCUCGUAUACUAUGGUAUGGAGAAGAAAGUGAUUUUAAUGUUUUAGUCAUGGAUAUUCUUGGAAUAAGUUUAGAAAAACUUUUUACAUUAUGUUCACGAUAUUUUACUAUGAAAACUGUUUUAAUGCUAGCUGAUCAGAUGAUUGAACGAAUUCAAUAUGUUCACUAUAAGAAGUUCAUUCAUCGAGACAUUAAACCAGAUAAUUUUCUUAUUGGAAUUGGAAAACAUCGCAAUAUGCUUUAUCUCAUAGACUUUGGUGUAGCAAAAAAAUAUAUUCGCAAAGGACAACAUAUACCUUAUCGUGAGGGUAAAGGUAUGACUGGUACUGUCAGUUAUGUUAGCAUUAAUACCCAUUUGGGUAUUGAACAAAGUCGUAGGGACGAUCUGGAGUCGAUAGGAUAUGUGUUAAUGUAUUUUAUUCGUGGAAGUCUACCGUGGCUAGGUUUGAAAGCAGCAACCAAAACACAGAAAUAUGAAAAAAUAAGUGAAAAAAAAAUGUCGAUACCAGUAGAAGUUCUUUGUGAGGGAUUUCCGGCCGAAUUUGCAGCUUACUUGAAUUACUGCAGAGGUCUCCGCUUUGAUGAAAAACCAAAUUAUACGUAUCUGAGGCAAUUAUUUAGCAAAUUAUUUCGUACACUUAAUUAUCAAUUCGACUACGUAUUCGACUGGGAUAAGGAUGAAGAGAAAACGGACCAGAAACACCGAGAAGAACAGAAAACUGACCAAUCGGAAGUAGAAAAUUGA